AUGGUAAAAUAUGACACGCCCAUUCUAGUAACAAAAAAUACAGACAAAAAACAUCAAAGGGCUAAAACUUUAAAAGCUACUGUUUGUGGGCAAGGUGUAGAAGAAUGCCCUGUACCCUUACCACCACCAAAGGGAAAAGCUUUCCUUGGCGAAACAAAACCGACACAACAAACUGAAGAAAUUUUGAAUUCGAUUCUUCCUCCUAGAGAAUGGACGGAAAAUGGUCAAUUAUGGGUACAGCAAGUUUCAAGCACCCCUGCCACUAGACUUGACGUUGUCAACUUACAAGAGGAACUCGACAGAAGGUUGCAACAAAGACAGGCUAGAGAGACUGGCAUUUGUCCUGUUCGACGCGAACUUUAUUCGCAGGUUUUUGACGAACUAAUCAGGCAAGUUACAAUAAAUUGUGCCGAGCGGGGUCUGUUGCUACUUCGUGUUCGAGACGAGAUUCGCAUGACUAUUGCAGCUUAUCAGACUUUGUACGAAUCUAGUGUGGCCUUUGGUAUGCGUAAGGCUCUGCAGGCCGAACAAGGCAAAGCAGAUAUAGAUAGAAAGCGGGUCAGUUUACUGACACGUUGGAUUAAAUUGCACCUUAAAUUUUAA